AUUUAAUUAUUAAUCAUAACGAACCCCUAUGUGACACUCACAAAAUUCUCAAAGUUUCUUAAAUUUGUUGUGUUUGUUUUAUUUUUUGUAUACAAAUCGCUUAACUAGGGACAUGGGUAAGAAGUCAAGAGAGGAAUUGGAGCUGCCAGUAGCCAGUUGGCAUCGUGGUCUAUCCCUCAUUCAAAUGCAGGCGGCUGAUCAGUUGGCAAAUACCUUGGCAUACGAUAUCAAAGGCACUCGGGAUUGUCUUUUGCGCCUGGGAGUGCGUCCGCUGGUCAGGAAUCAGCAACUCCUCAGGAUUGUGCAGCUAAGUCGUGGUCAGAAGCUUGCCUUUCUCUACUUCCUGUACCAGGAACACUACAAAUCCUGUGGCCCGUGUGUAAAGUAUUCGAUUAAUGGACAACUUCUGCUCUCGGCCAUUGCCUAUCUGGAUCUGCCGGCCACUUUUCGAGCGCUGGACAAAGUUCUACCACUAAGCAGAAUAUCGAAUGCUACACAUGUCCCAAAAAAGGAUAGUAAAGAAAUAAAAGGACUUGGGUUCGACCCCAUUUGGAAGAAUUCUAGACAGCCCUCCAUCGGAACUCCAAAUCCAACCAUGUAUGAAUCGUAUAACCAAAACGAGAUGGAAGACGAGAUGCCUCUGGACUUACGGGCCACUUUUCGAGCACUCGACAAAGUGCUUUUCUCACAGGUGGCACAAACCAGGACUCGUCGUUCGACGGGUGAAUCUCGCAAAAAAGCAAAGCCCUACUUUCAGAAGCAGCCCCGUCCAAAAUCGUCCCGCCCAUCCACCUAUUAUUCGGCGAAUUCCCCGCUGUUUGAGGUGGAGAUUCCCAACGAGGAGGGGGAUCCAAAAGACGAUGACGACCGAUGGUUCGCCGACUUUGAGCUCCAUCCGAUCCAGCGCACAGUGAAGGCGGUAAUCAACCACGAGCUCUGUCACCUGUUCGAUCAAGUAGACGAGGCACCCAGCGAUCCAGAGGCACAGGAUCAGGAACCAAGGAAUCUGUGCCAGUUCCAUGAGGAAACCCGAUCUCAGGAGCGAAAGGCUUUCCUCCUCGAACAGCAACAAAGAUACCUGGAUAUGAUCGACAUGGAAAAGAGAGAAAAGCGGUUAACAAGGGAGCGCAUUGUGUAUCACCUGAACCGGGACGUGGAUGAGUACCUCCUUAAGUUCGGCGACAAGGGCUGGAGUCCCGGAGUGCCUGCCAUGCGGAGGCCCGGCUGUGCCGCCUGCAGCGAACUGGUCCACGUGAGCCUGGAGACUCCUCCCCAGGUGCUCCUCCUCGAAGGUGAACGAGGACGGCUGUACGACAGGAGUGGACCCAAGAUGCGGUUAUGUGGUGGUGAGGAUGGGAGCCGAAAGUCCCCGAAAGAAAGGACUACUGGUUACUUUACGGCCACCAGGAGUCAAAGCCCCUAUGCCUUUAACUAUCCACGGAUAUUCGAACCUUUGGACGGCAAAGAGCCUAUUGGGAGUUACCUGAUCAAAGCCCUCGACGAAGAUGAGGAAUGGCCUGUGCCCAGGACAAUAAGGAGGAGUCACAUCGACGAAGCUGUCUCACGGUGUGUGCGGAAAAUAUUUGAGAAGAGUUUGCUGGCAGUGUCAUGUGCGGCCACGCCCAAAAGGUCCCAGGAACGCCUUGUCUAUGACCGCAAACGGGUCGAUCCGGAUGACGAGGAGUUCAUGGACCAGAUGCUAAGCGAUGCCUUCCAGGUGCUCCAACGUGAUCGCAGUCUUGUGCUGGCCAGCCUGCCCGAUGGUCACCAAUUGCCGGAGCUGCGGGAGUGGAUACGGCGGCGAUAUGGCAAGCGAUAUGGUCCACAAACCGAUGCGGAGGCAGAAAGGGCUAAGCAAAAGACAUUGAAACUGGCCGGGAUGGAGAGGAAGUUGAUUCCGUUGUUGGCCAGCAUAGAUCCCCGGACGGUGCAGACAAGGCCCGUGCCCUAUACCCUCUAUGAGGACAUCAUGGCCGUGGCUAAUCAGUUCAAGAAAUCGUUCCGGGAGAACGUCCUACAGAUCAUCCUCAAGCAAACGCGACUCUGCUGGCAGGCGCAACACAAUCUGCGGGUCUACAAUAGUUCCGGACUCCGUCGCACCUUCUUCACAUAUCUACCGAGCUGCUCCACCGAUAUAGAUCCCACCUUAAGUCUCUACUUGGCACAGAAAUAGUUAGCUUCAACCUACUUAUUUGAUAUGCUAUUUUUAAUACCCCAUAUCAUUUCAUAUAUGUAUAUCUUACCAAAUAGAAUGAACAUCAUUGAACCUAGUUGGUUUCAUUCUGAUUGGAAAAGAUGAAUGUGAUUUUAAGUGAUAUUCACUCAAAAUAUCAGCUCUGAUAUUCAUUCAUUCGACUCACUUAUAUCAUUUAUUAUUUUUAUUAUUUUUACACAUUUGACAAGGGAGCUGAAGCUCUUUCAAAUUUCAGUGUAACUGAAUUAGCUAAACGUUAUUAUUAAGUGUAAAAACACAUUCCACUUUAUGUAUAUAGGGAGCUAACAACAAAUUAAUGUUUAUAAUGG